ACUUUUCAAUUAAACGGCGAUUUUGUGCGCGUCUCUUGGUUAAUAAAUUAUUUUCUUUUCCGCACACUCUCGCUGAUACCUGGACUGGAACUCAAAAUAGCCAGCCAUAUGGACACGCCACGUCGUAAACUGCGCAAUCUGCACAUGGAGAAUGUGCAGAACAACAGCACACCCAUAAAAAUACCACCAUCACCGAUGCUCAAAACACUUGGACAUGGCACCGGCGUCAGUGUCUACCGUUUGGACAGGUCACCCAAACUGGGUAACAUACGUUCGCCGUGGGCCGUUAAACGCAUCACCCAACGUACCCGAGUCAAAAAGGAUCCCAUUUACAAUGAGCGCAUCAUACACGAAGCAGCCAUUUUGCGCACACUGAAUCAUCCAAAUAUUGUUGGCUUUCGUGGCGUCUACAAGUCAUUGGAGGGUGUGGACGCAUUGGCAUUGGAAAUGUGCAGCACAUCGCUGGGCUCCAUUUUGGAGGAGCGGCACGAUGAGGAUCUUGGGCCGUUGCCCGCCAAACACACAUUCAAAAUGAUAAUGGACAUUGCGCAUGCCUUGGACUUUCUGCAUACCGAGGCGCGCCUGCUGCACGGCGAUCUAAAGUCCUUCAAUGUGCUCGUCAAGGGCGAAUUUGAGAUAUGCAAAUUGUGCGAUUUUGGCGUCACACUGCCCCUGGACGAGAACGGUGAGAUCAACUUUAACAAGCAUCCGCAGGUGCAAUAUGUGGGAACGGCUUUGUGGUCACCGCCGGAGGUAAUGGAUGGUGUGGAUAUCAUUGACAGCAAAGCAGACAUUUUCAGUUUUGGCUUAACCAUCUACGAGACACUGGCGCUGGUCCCUCCACACACACUCGAGCUGGACGCCGCAUUUGGCAGCAGCAGCGGCGCCGUCAUCGACUUGGACUCACAAGAGCCGGCGAUGCCGCAGCGCAAGCAAAUGAAUCUAACAGAUAAUUCCAUAAGGGAGGACAAGGCGCACGAGUGCGUCGAUAAUAAUGCCACUGAUGACUCGGUAGAAGAUGAGGAUGAGGAUGAUACCAAAGAGAAUGAUAUCUCUGAUUUUUCACUGACCCAUGUGGAGCAGGCAUAUGGAACACGACCGCCGCUGCCGGUUGCCUUUCAGCUUAGCGAUGAUUACAACUGCAUUGUGGAGCUGUUCUAUUUGUGCACCAAUGCACACAGUGAGGAUCGGCCCGCUGCACGCACCAUCUGGAAGUGCUUUGAGAACAAUGCGGCAAGUGUUCUCGGCGAUGCAGUGAAUGACUAAACUGCCCCCAAAUCGCGCAUCGCAAGCUCAAUCGUUAUUUGUAAACUUAGUGUUGUAAAUGCAAAACUUUACGUGAAUCUCGAUUCCCCUCUCUCUCUCUCUCUCUCUCUCUCUCUCUCUCUCUCUUACUUCCUCUUGUUCUUCCCCUAACUCAACGGCCGUCUCUGUACCUAAAUGUAAAAUUCCAUUUCGCUGUAUAAAUAAUGCAAUUACAAUUGAUCAAAGGCCAAUCUUAAAAAAAAAAAAAACAAACAAAACAAAUGAAACGUUAAGCUACGUUUUAGGCAUUUCAAUUAGUACAACUAAGUCGUUUAUAUUACAAAAAUUCCAUGUAUUCCAUAUAUGUUCAGUAGUUACAUAAGUGGUCCUUCAUUUUUUAAUCAUGAAUCGCAAAUAAACAAAAUACACAAUA